CUCAGUUUUGUUUUGAACUUAAAGCGACGCGUUAGUAUUUAAAUUUAAAGUAAAAAUAAUUAUUAAAAAUAAAAUUUACUACGCACGUAUUUACAUAUAUAUAAAAACAGUAAUACUUACUUAUAUAAAUUAUAAAAGCCUGUUUGAAAGCUUUAAAUACAUGUAGCAAUAUCAUUUUGUUAACCAAUCAUAAUAAACUAUCCAACGUCAACUUUAAACAUAAGCUUUGAGUUUAGCCAUAAACUUCAAUAAUGUACAUUGUAUAUAAAGAUGCCUGUGCUUUAGCUCACGGAUGCAAUAUUAUUUUGGAAUUUUUGGAAAUUUUUUAAAUCAUGAUUUAAUUUUGGGGUUUAUUUUGAAAAGAAGUAAUUCACCAAAUAUGUUGCGAAAGAGACAAAUUACUGAUCAAUUGACUAAUAAAAUUCCAGUUGUUCAACUUGCUGAAAUUUUAAUAAAAAACAUUAUGGGAGGGCAACAAAGUCAACCAGAAUUCAAAACAAUAUUAACGGAAGAACGUAAAGAACAGAAAAGAGAAAAUGAUAUGAUAAGAGAACAAGUGUCUGCAAUUGAGAAGCAAUUGAAAGAACAAAAUGAAAAUGAAAAAGAAUUAUUAAAUCAAUGGAAACAAGAGAUGGAUGAAAAAUCUAAGUCUCAAAGGCAAAAAAUAAAGGAAGAAUUCGAAAGACUUGAUCAAAAUAAUACAGAACAUAAUGCGCAUGUGAAAAGAAAAUUCGAAUUGGAGAAAGCGCAUCUUUGUGAAGAGAAAAAACUAAUGGAAAGGAGUAUCGAAAAUGAAGUUGAAAAGCUACAAAAGAAAAAAGAAGGACUUGAAGAACAACUUAUGGAAACGCAGAAUGAAAUUGAAGAAAGAAGCAAAAUUGAAAAUAAAAUAUUAAAUGAAAAUAUUUUGGAACUUGACACUGAAAUUCAAAAAGCAAAAUCAAGUUUAAAACAACAAGAAGAAAAACUUCAAAAAGACAACCUUAAAAACCAAGAGUUGCUUACCAAACGAUUUGAAACUGAAUUAAGCAUUUUAACUGAGAGAGGCAAAAUAUAUGAAAAAUCAUAUGAGAACAAAAUUAAACAAUUGGAGGUUAAACGAAAUCAAAUGGAUAAACAAUACGAAGAGGAUAAAGCAGAAAUGAUUGAAAGGCAAAAUUAUAUUGAAAAACGGAAUGAAUUAAAAAUACGUACUUUAUUUGAAAUACUCGCGAAACAAAGUUGUAUACAAAAAAAUCCAAAUGCAACAUACAAUAUUGCAUAUAAAACAAAUACGCCAGCUUUGAAAGAAGAAUUUCCGUCAACAUCAAUAUCAAUUCCAAAGGAAAUAGCUUAUAAUGAAAAUGUUGGAGCAAUUGAAGACACAGAAGUUGUAGAUUGGAAAGUUGCUCUAAAUAAUUUGCCAGUACCAAUUGCGGAUGAAAACUUCAGAGAAUUAGGUGAAAAAAUAUUGAAAUUAAACGAAAAUCAAAAAGAAGAACUGAAUAAUGAAAUUCAUGAACUUUUGGAAAAGUGUGGGCUAACUGCAAAUGAUCCAGACGCGAAAGUUAUUGCUAUAAGAGUAACACAAACCUUCUUGAAAAAAUUACAAAAUUCUUCUAAUAAUAAAUGUGUAUAUGUGUUUUUAUUUCUAAGUACAAUUGGAAGGAGAAUGAUGCCUGGAAUUAAAAAGGAGAAUAAAUGUCUUGAAAAUGAUGCGGAAUCUUGUAUUAAAGUAGAACCACUAGACGACUCUCAAAGUGCUUUACUAAGUACAAAUGACAGUGAAAAUUUUGAAAAAACUAAUUUAGCAAAUAGUGGAAGCAUUUUGAAUGAUGCAUUGGAAGGUAGCGACAAUGAAUUCACUAAAAAUACAAUCAAUUAUAAAAAGUCAAAUCAUAAAGGAAAAAUAUACUAUUCUAUAAGAAUGCAAAAGUUUUUAUUAAUAUGUUCAGGCUGUAACAGCAAAUUUUACGAUUCAAAAAAAUUUCUUUUGCAUAUAUGUGAUGCAGAAAUUAUUGCACAAGCACGGAAAAGUUUGGAAGAAAGUAUAGUUGCAGAUACAGCUACUUUAAAGUUAGGUGAUGAUAACUUAUGGCACUGUCGUAUAUGUGAUAAAACAUUUGAUCGUAAAAAUACUCUAAGAAAGCAUGAACAAGCUCAUGUUAUGAACUAUCCAUGUGAGAUAUGUACUAAAAUAUUCAAAUCUCCGUCAAAUUUGCGCGAACAUAUGAAUACUCAUACUGGAGAACGUCCAUUUAAAUGUCAUUUAUGUGAAGCAGCUUUUACAAGAAAGUGGGCAUUAACAUCACACGUUCGUGGCCACUUAGGUGAUAAGCGUUAUCCUUGUAAUUAUUGCGAGAAGAAAUUUUUGAAGGGCCCUCAGCUUAAGGUACACAUCAGAAUGGUUCAUACUAAAGAAAAACCUUGUCAGUGCGAAUUAUGUGGAGCUCAUUUUUACUCGACUACAUUGCUAAAUGAGCAUAAAAAGCGCCAUGGAAAUAUACGGAAUUACAAAUGCGAACAAUGCGGGAAAAGUUUUUAUGAUAAAAAACAAUUAACAAAGCACUAUAUAUCACAUUCUGAUGAAAGACCAUUUAAAUGUAAAAUAUGUGAUAUGGCUUUUCAAAGGGAAGGCACAUUGAAAGCUCACACAAAAGUUCAUACAGGUGUUAAAGAUUACAUUUGCCAACUAUGUGGGCGUGGCUUUGCUGAAAAUUAUAAUUUAACAAAACAUUUAAGAAGUCAUGCCAAUGGCAAAAUAAAAAUAAAAGAUCCGAAUAACGUUGAUUUACCAAAAGAACCAAAAAAAAAAGGUAGGAAACCAAAAAAUAUAAGGGAAGAAGAAGAACAGGAACAAGAACAAGAAGAGGAUGAGGAAAUACAACAAGAUCAUGACGAUGAAACAUGGUCACAAAGUGAAAUGCAGCAUAUACAACAACGACCUAUUGUAAUUAAUGUUGAACAUGGAAUUAAACCAAUUAAAGUUACUGACAACAAAACAUGCUUUAUUAUAACUCAGUCAGAUAGUGCUGCCUUGAAUUCCAUAACAAAUAAUGUAGAAACAAAUGAAAGUGUUGUUAAUCCUGUAUCACAUCCAGUUUUUGGGAACACCAACAUGCUUAAUAUUCCAAACCUAUUUUUGCAAAUUCCGCAUUUGCCAAAUUGAUUAAAACAUUGCCGAUACAGUCCCUUUAAUUUGGAAACAAUGCUUGCAUUAAAAUAAAUUUAAUUAUAAAAAACCAAAUUGCAUUAAAAUGUUUGCAUGUAUACUAUAAAAAUCUAUAAUGUUUUUUGCAAAAUUAAUUAAUGUCUUUUUACAAAAUUUCAUACAUAGAAAUCUUACAGUCGCUGCAAGAUCGUUUUCACUUGUAUUUUUUUAUCGAAUUUUUUUAUUCAUUAAAAGAAUUAAUAAAAUAAAAAUUAGCAACAUACAACGAGCUUUAAUUAUGAUUUUUAAAAUUGGAAAUUAAACCAUUCGGGGGAAACAAACUUUAAUUGGAAAAUUGAAAGAGCUAUUGUAUUUGUUUUGUAUCUAUUAGUUUCUCAAGGCUGGUACGGAAGAUAGGUAAAAAACAACAAAUGAACUCGAAUGUUUUUUUUUGUUUGUACUUAUUCUAUCACCUUGCUUUAGGGAUACAAAGGUGUAUUGGGUAAUUAACAUUGUAUUGAGAAAACCCUGUCCAUGACAUGUAUAUGUGAAUAUCCUAUUUUUUUACGUUAUUCACAUUACAUAAUGUUAUUUUAUAUUUAAUUUAUUUUAUAAAUCAGUUAUACGCAAAUAAAAAAAUUUAACA